AUGAAAUAAGACAUCGAACUGAUUAUAAAUGUGAUUCCUAAGAUAUCUCCAUUGAAUUGGGCUUAAGGUGAUAUCCUAAUUUAAACUGAUGAUUAUGCAGAAGAAGUUGAUUUUGUUUCAAUAGCAGAUAUUACUACUAGAGCUGCUAAUGGUUCUACCAUUUCUGUUUAUAGGGAAGGUGAUACUUUAGGAUUACUGGAGGCUAUAUAUGAUGUGAGAAGGAUUGGAACUGCUAUUUAUAGUAAGAACACAUAACUCUUUAGUUUGGAUAGAAUAACUUAUCUUUAAAUGUUGUAGGAUUAUCCAUAAUUACUGUCUGAAAUCAAGCUAUAGGUUGAUAAUAGGAUUAAGGAAGUCAAGCCAUUUAUUGAGGAUGCAACUAUUUUAAAUAGAUCUAACUAUGAAGUUAUGCAAGAUUAUUAGAGGAAGAUUAAUAAGAUUAAGAAGAUUAUUGAGCAACUGCAAAAGACAGAGGAUAGUAAUGAUAUCAUUGACACUGAUAAAAAUCAAUUGCAAAUAUUUUAUAGACCAAUCCUCAAUUAGCUGAUAGUAUGA